AAACUCAAUUCUGAAGUGAACGGAACUCCUGCGGGUAGAUUGCUCGAAGAUCCAUGAUCGAUCCUCGGGACCGACCGUGAUUUACGCAGCUCAGAUGCACUACACAUAAUGACGCUGAUGUUUGCUCUCGGAAAGCGUGACGUCACGCUUGCCCAAGCCAAAGUACAAAACAGCUGGUAAUUCAACCACUCACUCUUUCAAGCACCCACAGAUCUAUCCAGAAAUUAACAUCAAAAUGGUCAAAAGCAAGGACACCGUUAUCGACGAGUUCAACGAACUGGUCAACAUGACCCCCAACGAGCUCCGCGACUGGCUACAGGAAGAACAGUCCCAAUCCUCCGGUUGGAGUAACAAUGAGUCAGGAGAGACCGUCGGCCAUGAGAGUGGUCGCAAAAUCGUGAGCAUUCUCGAGAACAACCCUUCCAAGGACGCGUCCAAGUACUCGGAGGAGGACAUCGAUCACAUGCGCCGUGUGGUGUCAUACUGCAAGCGGCAUCUCGCCCAGGAGGAAACCGCGAAGCAGAACACGGAUAGUAAGAGCUAUCGGUCUUUGAAAAAUUGGGGCCAUGAUCCGUUGAAGGAGUAAUUCUGGGAAGGUUUUUUUUGAGAUGUGUAUAAAUAGGUACCGGGUAUAAUGUUGUAUGAAUUUAGCAGAGGUUUUGUGAGACUGGCUUAGUUGAGUAUAGCUGCUCCCUUAAGUGGAACCUGCAUGAGUGCUAGAAAUAGUUCAGCGUAGUAUUCAAGGGGAAAUUAUUCUUACUGAUGGUUUCUUCGAUAUCGCAGG